AUGGUGCUUAAGAAACAUGAACUUGAAGCCCAGCUCAAGACCGAAAAUGAAUUGAUCAAGAGUGGCGUCCUGCGGGAGGAAAACCCCAUCGACCAAUCUGUCGAAUUCGAGGCGUUUCUGCUAGCUUGCAGACGGGGUGACUUGAAAACGUGUCAAGAGUUGAUCUCAGCUGGGGUAAACAUCAAUGGCAAGGACCGCUUUGACUAUACGCCCUUGAUCAUUGCCAGUCUGUGUGGACAUCUGGAGCUAGUCCAACUCCUUCUAGAAUCCGGUGCCCUGGCGGAGAGGAAUACGUUCCAAGGAGAGCGAUGCAUCUACAAUGCGCUCAACGAUAGGAUACGAAACCUGCUGCUGGGAUACGACUACUCAAAAUCCACGGACCCCCUUCAGCCGUGGGCGGGACACAUCACCAGCCUGCUUACAAAGUCGGUGCCCAAGACCGCAGACAUCAGCUUGAUCGCGGCAUCUCAGUCUUUCGAGCUGCACAAGUUCAUCUUGGCGGCACGGACGCCGUAUUUCCGGAAGAAACUCACGGAGGCGCCUGAAACCACAACAUGGAAGCUUCCGACAACAUUUCCCGUAGAAUCGUUCCAAAUCGCACUGCGCUACUUGUAUCUGGGCGAAGUGCCCAGGGAUCUCGUCAACGCCCAGAGCACCGUGACGGAGGAAGAGGUCCUCACUGGCCUUGACAAGCUUAGCAAGCAGCUGGAGAUUCAAAAGCUGUGGGAGGCAAUCCUUGCCGGCAACGACCGCCGUCUUGCUCGCCAGCGGUAUCAGGAUGAGGUGGAACGCGCCCAGAGUCAGGUCGAGCAGUUCUAUCGGGAGAAGGUCCUGGGUCACAAAAUGGUCGUGGAGACGAAGAGGGUAAACGACAUAAAAUGGAAACACGACAACUCCAUCUUUGCCGACUGUCUCCUGUCUGCAAAUGAGCCCGAGAGUGAAGAUGCCUCGAAUGAGACCGACGAGACGGAAAGCGUAGCCAACCUCAACGGCAUCCCGCUCGGCCCCGUAACCAAUGGCGAAAAGGAGAAAAAGAAGCCCCGGCGUUCGGUAGUCUUCCCCGUGCACAAGGCGAUACUCAUCCGUAGCCCGUACUUUGAGACCAUGUUCUCCAGCGAGUUCAGGGAAGCCCAAGACUCGGAGCACUUACACGUCGUGACGGUAGACUGCACACCUGAGGUCCUCGAGAUCGUCCUCACCUUCCUCUACACCGAAAAAGUAGACUGUCCGCUCGAGCUCGCCCUGGAUCUGCUGUAUACCGCCGACAUCCUCUUCCUCGACAAGCUCAAGACCAAGGCGGCGCAGACCAUCAGUACCCUCGGCAGCGGAAACAGCAAUGUGCUCAUCGACCGUACGCACGGGGAAGGUCAGGCCGAGGAGAUAGAGCCCAUCAACAUCUACGACGUCAUCCACGCCGCCUGGGACCUGCGGGUGCAGCGUCUGGAAGAGUUCGCGGCGCGGUAUCUCGCUUACCGCCUGGAGGACUACAUUGACGAGCCCGAAUUUGCCGAGAUGAUCAACGAGAGUGCUUCCAGGAUCAAGAACCGUCAAGAGACUGAUACCAUUGAGUUGCUCGAUGAUAUCCGCUACUACCUGGGUGAGCGGUUCCGUCUGCGGUUCGAGGACGCUAACCUCGAGGAUAUGAUGGAUGAGCAGGGUGAGAUCGAUGCCGCUCUAGCAGAGACACUGGCGGCGCAGAGCGAACAAUUUGACGAGAACGGGGCUCCUGUGGAAGUUGCUCACGAGAAGCCCGCCGAGGUUCCUGUGGAGAACGAUGAUAAGAAAGGUGACGAGAACGGCGAUGUAGAAGGUGUCAAGACAUUGGGUGGCGAGAUGGCUGAAGACGAAUUCGCGUCAGACGCCAUCAACUACCAAAUCUUGCUUGAAAAGAUUGACACUAUGCUAGAUCAUUUGAAACUGGAUGCGUAG